ACAGGGCGCGCGCGCGCGCGUGCGUGCGCGGCGCUCCCGGAAGCGCAGCGGCGGACCGGGAAGGGGAGCCCGAGGCUGCGGCGAGGAGCGACGGCAGCGGCGUCGGCCAUGACGAACUUCAUCUCCGUACAGCUGAAAAAGGCCUCGGAGGUGGACCUGGCCAAGCCACUGUGCAAGUUCAUUCAGCAGAGCUACCCGGGGGCCGAGGCACAGGCCGAGCACUGCCGCGCCGCCGAGGAGCUCAGCAGGCUCCGUAGGAGCGCGCUCGGCCGCCCACUCGACAAGCAUGAGAGCGCGCUGGAGACCCUUCUCAGAUACUAUGAUCAGCUGUGUUCAAUUGAACCAAAGUUUCCAUUCUCUGAAAAUCAGGUCUGUGUAACAUUUACGUGGAAAGACGCUUUUGAUAAAGGAUCACUUUUUGGAGGAUCUGCCAAACUGGCUCUGGCAAGUUUGGGAUAUGAGAAGACAUGUGUUUUGUUCAACUGUGGAGCACUGGCAAGCCAGAUUGCAGCAGAACAGAAUCUGGAUAACGAUGAAGGGCUAAAAGCUGCAGCUAAGCACUAUCAGUUUGCUAGUGGUGCUUUUCAACACAUUAAAGACACAGUUCUGUCAGCCUUGAAUCGAGAACCUACAGUAGACAUCUCUCCAGACACAGUUGGGACUCUCAGUCUUAUUAUGCUGGCUCAAGCCCAAGAAGUCUUUUUUUUGAAAGCGACAAGAGAUAAAAUGAAAGAUGGUAUCAUAGCUAAAUUGGCAAAUCAAGCUGCAGAUUACUAUGGUGAUGCUUACAAACAGUGUCAAUAUAAAGAUACUUUGCCGAAGUAUUUUUAUUUCCAGGAGGUGUUUCCUGUUCUGGCUGCAAAGCACUGCAUUAUGCAGGCCAAUGCAGAAUAUCAUCAAUCUAUCCUGGCAAAACAACAGAAGAAAUUUGGUGAAGAAAUUGGGAGGUUACAGCAUGCAGCAGAUUUGGUGAAAACAGUAGCAUCUCGUUAUGAUGAAUAUAUAAAUGUUAAGGAUCUGGUUGACAAAAUCAACCGCGCACUUGCAGCUGCCAAAAAAGACAAUGAUUUCAUUUACCAUGACCGGGUUCCUGAGCUGAAAGAUUUGGAGUCCAUUGGAAAAGCUAGUCUUGUGAAGUCUACUCCAGUUGUUGUUCCACUCAGUCAGAAAUUCACUGACCUGUUUGAGAAGAUGGUUCCAUUGCAAGUACAGCAAUCUGUGAGUGUUUAUAACCAGAGGAAGGUAGAUCUGGUGAACAGGUCAAUAGCCCAGAUGAGAGAAGCCACAAAUCUGGCAAAUGGUGUGUUGGCUUCCCUCAAUCUUCCUGCUGCUAUUGAAGAUGUGUCUGGUGAUACUGUUCCUCACUCUAUUUUGAGCAAGUCUAAGUCUGUGAUUGAGCAGGGGGGAAUUGAGACUGUUGAUCAGCUGAUCAAAGAUCUGCCUGAACUGCUGCAGAGGAACAAAGAAAUUCUAGACGAAUCUCUGAGAUUAUUAGAUGAAGAAGAAGCUACAGACAAUGACCUGCGAACAAAAUUCAAAGAACGCUGGCAGCGAACACCAUCCAGUGAACUCUAUAAGCCUCUAAGGGCAGAGGGAGCCAAUUACCAUAAUAUUUUGAAUAAAGCUAUGCAAGCAGAUGGGCAGGUGAAGGAACGCUAUCAGACUCACCGGGAUACAAUUGCCCUUCUGUGUAAGCCAGAGGCAGAACUCAAUGCAGCCAUUCCUUCUGCCAACCCAGCAAAAACACUGCAGGGAAAUGAGGUUGUUAAUGUCUUAAGAACUUUGCUGGCCAAUCUGGAUGAAGUUAAGAAGGAGAGAGAACAACUGGAAAAUGACCUGAAAUCUGUAAAUUUUGACAUGACAAGCAAAUUCCUGACUGCACUUGCGCAGGAUGGUGCUAUAAAUGAGGAGGUUAUCUCUGUGACUGAGUUGGACAGAAUUUACGGAAGUUACACACAGAAAGUGCAGGAGUCCAUAAAAAAACAGGAAGAACUUCUCAAAAACAUUCAGAAUGUGCAUCAUGACUUUUCGAAGAUGAAACAAUCAAACAACGAAUCUAAUUUAAGAGAAGAAGUCUUGAAGAACUUAGCUGUAGCGAAUGACAACUUUGUGGAACUUGUAGCUAAUUUAAAAGAAGGCACAAAGUUUUACAAUGAGCUGACAGAAAUCCUGCUGAAAUUCCAGAACAAGUGCAGUGACAUUAUCUUUGCUCGCAAGACUGAAAGAGAUGAACUGCUCAAAGAUUUGCAGCAAAGCAUUGCUAGGGAGCCCAGUGCUCCCUCCAUUCCGCUACCUAUGUAUCAGACCAUGCCAGCAGCAGGAAGUAAGCAAGUGGCAUCACCCGCUCCCACUCCAGCCCCAAGAACCAUGGUGGGGACUAAACCACAGCCACCAGCACGGCCACCACCACCAGUGAUUUCUGCAGCAAGCAGUUCCUCUUCUGCAUUAGCUCCUUCUGGGACAGCUGCAGCUCCUGUUGCUGCUCCAGGAGCCAGUGCACCUGCAGCAAGCACUGCAUCUUCACAGGCACAGGGACCACCUUACCCAACUUAUCCCGGUUACCCAGGGUAUUGCCAGAUGCCAAUUCCAAUGGGCUAUAAUCCAUACAUGUAUGGUCAGUAUAAUCUGCCAUAUGCACCCUCACCUGUGUAUCAAACUCCUGGACAACCACCAUAUCCGCCACCUCAACAACCUGGAUACCCUUUUCCUCAACAGCCUUAUUACCAUCAGCAAUAAUGUCUCUGCAAAAAAGCCCUGCUUAUUAAAAUUUGGCAAUAAGUAUGCUAAAACUUCUAGCUUCUGUUAGUGUAUACCAUACUGAGCUGUAUGCAGCUAUAACUCCUGUCUCUUGUUAACUGCUCUGAAAUGUCUAGAUCAGUUUUUAUGACACUAAACUCUUUGAAAGAUCUACUGCAGUGGUUUAGACCAUAGAGUAAUGCCAGAAUUUGAGUCUAAUUCAGCGGUCUGAAGCAGUACACUACAUUUUGGUUAGACCAAAAUAUUUGUGUGCAAAAAUCCUGUAAGUAACAAAUAGGUUCAGGUGAGAACAAGCUGUGUGUGCACUGGAUGUGAUAUAUUCUACAGCAUUUCCUGCUAUACUCUGUUGGUUUGUAUUUUUUUUUUUUAGUUUAGUUAAAAUAUGCUAUUUUGUCUUAAUAAUCAAGGCCUUGUAAAUCAUCAGUAAAAAGAAAUAAAUUACAUAAGAACCGUUUAAACACU